CUGUAUCAGCAUUUGGUACAUUAGGCGCUUUGGUAUGGAGUGGGUCACGUGUAGUACAAAGAACUGCCAAAAUGGGUUAUUUUCUUAUAGGAAGAAAAUGGCUUCGAGUAAUGAAAAAAGAUGGUACUCCUGUGAACACCUUAAAAUUGCAAUUCAUAUGGUGUGCGCUUAUAAUCGUGAUUAUAGGCGGUGUAACAUCGGAUCCUUUUAAAAUCUUAUCCGAUUACUCUCAGUAUAGUUACUGGAUCUUUUACUGCUUGACAGGAAUAGGGUUGUUU